AUGCACGCUGGAAGCAGACCGGCAGCUGAGCCGACGCCCAACAAAAUAUCCUUCACUGAUGAGGAUGCGUUCCUGUUCAACCAUCCCCACUCGGACGCCCUAGUGAUCACGGCCCCAAUAACGGCGAUCAAGAUCCACCGAAUAAUGGUUGACACCGGGGCCUAUGCGAGCAUCCUGUAUUACAACACGUUCAAGAAAAUGGGGAUUGACAGGAAGGAAGUGCAACCCUGCCGGGAGCAGAUCCAAGGGUUUAACGGUCAAAUGACAACCCCCGUUGGUCAGGUAACGCUGCCGAUCAAGUUCGGGGAGAAGGGGCAGCCCACGCGAACAAUUCUGGAAACUUUCAAGAUAGUGGACUGCCCGAGCGAAUACAACGCCAUCCUGGGCAGGACGGCUCUCUACAAGCUGAGGGGAGCCAUCUCUAUUUUCUAUUACUCCAUCAAGUUCCCGACCUUGGACGGGGAAGGGACUCAUCGGGGAGACCAGAGAGAAACCGACCUGUUGUAA